AUGACCAUUAAAGGUCUUGGCUUGAAAAAACACACAUCUUGGGCUGGGGGGCAGACGGUGUGCAAAUACGUUUGGGGGAAAGUCGAAAAGCGGCAUUUAGAAAGGGGCAAGCUGAGUAUAUGCUGCCUAGGACGCCUCUCACCCCUACGACCUCCGGGUCAAGGCACCUCACCUCCGGCUAGACCUCUCAUUCGGGAAGACUGGAUGGGGGAUGAAGGAGUACAGCCCAUGGUUCCUCUACAUCUUUGGAUGCUGAGAACUAUGGAACCUGGCAUCUAUGCCAUGGUUUCUCUUGUUGCUUUGUUGCUUUUCUCCAUUUCAAAGCUGUUCAUUGGCAGGCUUUCUACUAGAAGUGCUUACUGGAGGUGUAUUGAUGGUCAGCUAAGGACUUGGUGGUCUGACUAUCAGUAUAAGCUUGAACUAGACAGACCAGUAAGUAAGACCAUAUUAGCAGCUUUUAACAGGCACAGCCUUGAACCAGUCAGUUUGAAGGAUAUAAGUGAAGCUGGACUAGCAACUUUGAAUGGUGCAACAACUAAGCCUAGGCUAGUUGCUUUGAAUGGGGUAGAUAUCUAUAAGGGUGCACUAGUAAUGUUGAACAGCUUAACUGGUAGGAAUAAGGUGACCAUCAGUAAGCCUGGAUUAGUUGCUAUGAAUUGGGUAGCAAUAAGCAUAGUGACUUUGAACAGUGUAGUAAGUAAGCCCAGACUAGAACUGUGGACUGACCUUGCCUCUCAAGAAUGUGUAUCAAGUAAGCCUGGACUAGUGGGCAACUAUAGCCAUAGACUGCGGCAGCACGAUAAACAUGGGUGCAAGUAUUACUGGACUACUGAGCUUCAACAAUCUGGACUAGUAACUUCUCAUAUAAUAGUCAGUCCAAAUAGCAUGGGUGGAUCAGUCUGGCUAGUAGAUCCUACCUCGAGUAGUAAGGCUGGAUUAUCCAGCAUCCAAGACAUUGACAUAGCCAGAGGUGGCAGUGCAAACCCAGCGGCUAUUGGAACCCUAGAGAGCAACCCUAACCCCGGAGUAGGCACCCAGUUCAACAUACAGACCUGGCAACUCAUUCAGCGUACCAGUAUCUCGAAAGCGUCGCUCAUGAUGGGAGCAGAUCUUGAGAGUGGCCAUCGUGAAAUGUCGGUGUCUGCAGCAUUAAUGUCAUCACCUCUAGAAACUGGCGGUCACGUCGGCUCGCGACCCGUUUGGCUCCCACCGUGCAGUGGGCGAAGACGUGCUGCGGGAGGUCGUGGCGGGGUGAGCGGAUUCCCUGCACCGGCAGGGACCCAUGACUCAAACGGGAGUAAUUGCGAUAAGGAGUGGUUUGCGGCGUCCCGUUUGGUGUGCUCUGGCCCUCACGCAGCGGCAGCUGGACCCAUGACUCGAUCGGGAGCAGUUACAACUAGGGCCAAGGUCAAUGUCAUCGGCAAUAUUGUUGCGUCGGGGGCCGCUGACAGGCCUGGUAUUGUGUACAACCUGUACCGCCUCCUCAGAGCGAGUCAGACCUACAAGUUGGUCCGGCGGCGAUCAUCGCUGCGGCUUGCUGUAAACGUGGACUCACCCACGUGGCGGGAUUUUUCGCAACUGGUUUCCGUCCAUGCUUCCUGCCUGCCCAAAUCAUCAUUCCAUCCGCUUGAGCUGGGAUGGAACGAGAAUCUGAACAGAUUCACUACAGUUCUCGUCCAUCCCGGUUUUGGAACGCAUGGCCUUUGGCUUGUUGCUAAGAAGACCUCCACCGCUCUCCCCAUCUCUACGCCGAGGCCCGGGCUUUGCCUCAUUCCCCCGGUCGAUCUUGCAGCGCGGUCAGACAGCCCGGUGCUGGAGUGGGAGCCCCAGCAACCGUGCUGA